AUGAAAUGGAUAGUAAUAACACUUAUAUUUCUCGAAUAUGUUUUCGCAUUACCAGAUCAAUCACAAUCAUGUAUCACUAAUAUCAACGUACCAUUCACAGGUUAUAAAAUAGAAUAUCAAUUAAAUUUAAAAUUAUUGAAAGGAACAUAUCAUUUAUUAUAUUGUAAUGAUAACAAAUUAAUAUAUGAUUUGAAUUUAAAUGAAUCUAUACCAUGGACAAAACCUUUGAUUCAUAAUAAUAAAGAUGUUAAUUCACUCACAACGGAUAAGACUAAUUUGGUCAUGGCCAGACGAAAAUCGUUUGUUUUAAGAGAUAUACCUAUUUUUUUACCGAAUACUUUAGUUGGAUCAAUAUUUUUCCAGAAUAGUCCCAUAUUCGAAGAGAUAAAGUAUCAAAAUUAUACAAUCAAUAGUCAUUUCAAAUCAAUGCCGUUACUAGCCUCAAACUUCUUGAGAAAUUGGUGUGAACUAAAUUAUAAAUUAAAUUUCAUAUACCAUGUACCUAUAUUAACUACUCCAAAUAUUGACUCAAAGUUCUAUGAAUUCAGAAAUGAUAAGAAUAAUCAAUUUUUGGCUCAGAGUGUUAGUAGUGAUUGGAAUAAGUAUAUUUCAAUAAAUGAGAAUUACAAUUUCAAAAUUCAUGAUUCAAGAAAAUUUGUGAGACAAAGUUUUGAUUCCUGUUUGAACAAAAUAAAUAAUUUGAUAACAAAUCAGAAAGUAUUAGACAUAAGCGAAAAGUUUAAAAAUUCAAAAUUGAUUGCAAAGGUCGAGCAUUUAUACUUAAACUUGGUGUUUGUUUCAAAAUUGUUAACACAAUUGCAGUUCAAUAGUUUACUCAUUAAAAUAGAUAAAUUUUUAAACAGCAUAUAA